CGGUGUUAAAGAGCAGCUCAGCUGAUGCGCUGUUACUCCGUCUUUAACCUCAAGAGCAUGAGAACGCUGACGUUUGCUCUCACCCUGGUUCGACACGGGGAAACACAGUAUAACAAAGAAGGCCUGCUACAAGGACAAUCUAUAGAUUUACCCUUGUCUGACACUGGGCUGCAUCAGGCCAAGGCUGCAGGCUGCUACCUCAAGGAUGUGAAGUUCACCAACGUGUUUUCUAGUGAUAUGCUGCGGGUGCAGCAGACUGCUGAGGCCAUAAUGAAGUACAACAACAGCUCCUCUGGUCUUCAAAUAGUGUGUGAGCCUUUACUGAAAGAAAUAAGCUUCGGGGACGCGGAGGGGCGACGGGUGCAGGACGUCAGAGACAUGGCCGAGGCAGCUGGACAGACGUUUCCAGGCUUCACGCCUCCUAAUGGUGAGACUCAGGAGCAGGUGAAGGAGCGCAUCCGGGCGUUCAUGGAGAAGAUGCUCCAGCGAAUGGGUACCGAGCACUGGCAUCGCUCAGAGGAGGGCGGUGGCCCAGCAGGGAGCACUGUGGAGGGGGGGGCGGGCGACGGGCUCGGGGGGGUCCCGGCCCACGCGCUGGUGGCCUCCCACGGGGCCUACAUGUGUGUGGCCGUCCGCUACUUCGUGGAGGAGCUGCGUUGUUCUCUGCCUCAGGGUUGCGACGAAGCCCACGUGUUCUCAUUGAGUCCCAACACGGGUCUGUCUCGGUUUCUAGUGACCCUGAGAAAAGAGGGCGACAACGCGUUCAGGCUGCACAAGAUGCACUGCGUGUUCGUCCACAGGGGGGAACGCACGGAUCAGUAGGAGGAAGUUACUGUGGAUGCAGGGACGGAGGGCGGAGCUGCUCAGACUCAGGUUUACAUUAGACAGAACAACCAUGUGACCUCAGAGUCUCAUCACACUGCUGCUCUCUGGUUGUUCAUUACUGUGACUGUGGGCGGACUCACAAACAGCCACAGCUCUGACGCGUUGGAGAUCCGUAACUUUAAUCACCUCAACAAGCAGCGAUCAGUUGUUCCUCAAUGAGAGAAUGCAAAGUUUUCUUCUUCAGCUGUGAGAGAGCAGCCUGUCGACUUCAAUUUGACUGUAACACAGUAACAUUGUAUCACAUACUGUUUUUGUGCAGUGACUGGGCUGUGUAACAUUUUAUGGCAAAGACAACUUUACACAAUGUCUAAUAAAACUCUGUAACAGCAGAAAUUCAGGUUUCCGCUCUCCACGUCAUGUAUUUAUUUGCUGUGCAAAAUAAGACUUUAUUUGCCCACAUCUACUAUUUGCCAGUUGCAAAACUGUCUUCAUUAUAGUGAUGUAAGAUUGUGUUGAACAUUAAAAGCUGCUGCUGAUCGCUGA